GCCUUCCCGGGGGGGGCCGUAGCCAAUGAGCGCACGACCCCGCAUCCGGGGAUCCCGGCGCGGCCGCCGCCUCCCGCGCGCACACGGCCAUGGCGGAGGCCUCCUCGCUGGAGAGGCAGAGCCCCCGCGUGGUCGCCUGCCUCGCUCACAGCCUGUGCCCUGGGGACCCCGGCUCGCCAACGACAGCAGGGGUGUCGGUGGGCUCCGCAGAGCAGCAGUUCAGCCUCGCAGACAUCCUGUCGCAGAACUACGGCCUCCAGGGGGCGUGUGAGGAGGCUCUGAGGCCCCCUGAGCAGCUGCACAAGGACGUGGUCUCCCAGAGCAGUGGCAUGCCCCUUGAUGAGCUGCUUGCCCUCUACGGCUAUGAGGCGUCAGACCCCAUCUCAGAGCGUGAGAGUGAGGGCAGUGGUGCCACGGCCCGCCUCCCGGACAUGACUCUGGACAAGGAACAAAUAGCGAAGGAUUUGCUUUCAGGGGAAGAAGAGGAAGAGACACAGUCCUCAGCCGAUGACCUCACCCCAUCCGUGACCUCACAUGAAGCCUCUGACCUCUUCCCUAAGCAGAGUGGACCCCACUUCCUGACUGGCACAGGCAAAGAGCUGGGCUCUUCCACCUCAUCCGACACCGAGGAGGACCCUCUACCUGCCAACAAAUGUAAGAAGGAGAUCAUGGUUGGGCCCCAGUUCCAAGCUGACCUCAGCAACCUGCAGUUGAGCCGCCAUGGUGAGAAGAUCUAUGAGAAUGAAGACCAGCUGCUCUGGGACCCCACCAUCCUCCCUGAGAGAGAGGUGGAGGAGUUUCUGUACCGGGCAGUCAAGCGGAGAUGGCACGAGAUGGCUGGGUCCCAGCUCCCGGAGGGAGAAACGGUGAAAGACAGUGAGCAGGCGCUGUAUGAGCUGGUAAAAUGCAGUUUCAAUGUGGAGGAGGCCCUACGGAGGCUGCGGUUCAACGUGAAGGUGAUCCGAGAUGGGCUCUGUGCUUGGAGUGAGGAGGAGUGCAGGAACUUUGAGCAUGGCUUCCGAGUUCACGGGAAGAACUUCCAUCUGAUCCAGGCAAAUAAGGUGCGCACAAGGUCCGUGAGUGAGUGUGUGGAGUAUUACUACCUGUGGAAGAAGUCCGAGCGCUACGACUACUUCUCCCAGCAGACCCGGCUAGGCCGCAGGAAGUAUGGCCCAUCAGGACCCACGUAUGAGCAAGAUGUGGAGCAGGACCUGGACGGCAGUGACCCCGAUGGCCCCAGCCAUCCCUGCGCCUCGCCGCCCCCGCCCCCUGCCACCGAUGGCCUGGGCCUGGAGCAGCACCCUCUGACACAGAUGCACACAGAGCCACCAGGAGUGGACGGCACGGCCGGCAGUCAUGCGGAGCCCCAGGACGGCUCCGGUGGCCUCCCGUCGUCAGAGCCAGGGCUCCAUCCGUCCUCGCUGCCAGACAUGCGCCUGGCUGUGCCCCAGCCCCGGUGGCCCCCAGCGCUGGCCGAGCCAGCCUCCUGCCCCUCAGCUGCAGCUGCCCCGGAGCCCAGCGCCGGCCCACGACUUGCUGUGGACCUGGCGCUGCCUGCCGAGCUGCCCCUCGUCCCCAGCCAGGAGGGUUUGGACGGGGAGCCCGAGGAGGCCGUGGCCCCCGCACAGGUGUCCCUGUCGGUCACUGAGUUUGGACUCAUCGGGAUUGGGGACGUGAAUCCUUUCCUGGCUGCCCGCCCGGCGUGCCCGGCUCCUGGGCUGCACACGGAACCCCUGUCACACUGUAACGUGAUGACCUGUUGAUCUCUGGCCACAUGUGGGCGCGAGUGGCCCAGACUGGACUUGGGGCCACUGUGGGGCCUGCCCGUCAGUCUUCCCGAUCCUUCUUCUCGUGGGCCUCGGGCCAUGCCGUCUGCUUCAGAACACUUCAAGGACUGGGGUGAGCGGUGGCCGUGCUGUCGGCCCUGCCCCUCCCCACACAGACUGGCACCACCACCUGCAUCAUGGGACCCGGGCAGCUGGGUGCAGAGCCCGGCCCCACCCAGCCAGCAGAGGCGAAGAAAGGUGUCACUGCCCAUUGGGGAGGGGGAGUGAGGCAGGACGCCGCCCGCACCAGCAGCCUCGCCCAGGGCGCCCUCAGUACUCUGCUGGGCUCCGUCUCCUGCACCUGGCAGGACCACGGGCUGCCCCAGCACAGGGUGGUGGGCAGCUGCUCCUGGUGCCAAACCCCACGGGGCACACAGCCAUAUACCUCGGCGUUGGCCCCGCCCCCCCCGGCCUCGCCCGCUGUCCACUUCAGGAAAAGCCGCACUUUAUGCCCUCCUGCCCCUCCUGCUCCGUCCGAGGCCCCUCAGCAGCCUCAGGCGUGUGUUCUGGGACACAGGUGACUGACACUCCCUUGGUACAAGGCCCAUUGCCUGCAGUGCCCAGGGGCUGGGUUCCAGCCCAUUCUUCUGACCCUGCGGGUGGCAUUUCUGUUGAAGCCCCCAGCAAGAUGGGUCGGGGUCCUAGUCCUUCUCCACCCCAGCCUCCCCUGUUUAAUUUAUGUUUCUGUUUACAAAUUGGAGUGGGGUCCUCCAGGGGGGCAGGGCAGCACUCCCUGCUCCUGGGUGUCACCAGGAGAGUUUUGGCUCGAGCUCAUCUAGAGUGGGACUCGGCCUCCCCUGUCACCCCACCAAGGACCACACUGUGAAGUGAUAACUGCCUUGAACCCCUUGCUGUUUUAUUUAUUAAACUUGAUUUGAAGCCCCUUGGGUGCCUCGUGGUGGACUGGGUGGGGCCUGAGGACGUGCCGGGGAGCUGCAGGUCACCCUUGUCACUUAGUCACUUGGGCUGCCAGGCAAUGUUCCAGGAUCUGGGCUGAGUGGGGACCGUGGCAUUGGGGCCGUGGUCCAUGUCACGAAGAUGUGAGGGAGGUGGUCAGUGAAAUGGAGCGGACAUGUAGUUCGAGGCCUAAAGGAGAACCAGCCUGCUUUGGUGGGCCCAUUGAGUCAGGCAGGGGCCCAUCCCAGGCAGGGGCUGAGUGCCGGAGAGGCUGCUGGGUGGGCUGGCGGGUUUUGUCCUGAGGCCCCUGGAGGGGUGAGCAGGGGCUCGGGUCCAAAUGUGUAGUUUUCAAAGCUCCCUUGGUGGCUGGGUAGGGGCAGGGGACACGACUGAGUGGGACUGGCCUGCAUUGAGAUGUCCAGGGGUGGGGGAGAGGCAACAGUCCCCAGCAUUUGGGGCUUAGUCCUUGCAGAGCUGGUCAUGCCAGCACUGGAAGCAGGGCGUCUGGGGUUGGGGCGUGAGGCUUUUAGGAUGAUUUUAAUCGGACUCUUCUAGCCUGUUUUCAUCUUUACAUGCUUCAGAGACGUGUCCCUCCCGUCCCCUGGUUUGCUCUGCUCCCAGCAGGAAAGCUGCUGUGGGCCUCUGUGUUUUCCUUCUGGCUCCUUUUAAGGUUUUGUCUUUCCCCUGGUUUUGAACAGUUUGGUACGUAGCUUUUCAGACUGGCUUCUUCCGCAUGGUGAUGAGCACUAAGGCCGCUCCGUGGUCCUUGGGGCUCGUGCUGAGUAAUGCCCAUCAGCUGGUGGCAGCCAGGCAUCAUCCGCUCCGCUGCUGAUGGCGGCAUUUCUGGGUGCAGCCCCUGUCACUGCGGGUUUUCAUGUGGACGUUGGGGCAAAUACCAGGGACUGACUGACAGCGAGAGUGUCUGGUUUGUCAGAACCCCAGUGCUGUGGCUCCGUGGCCACCCACACUGCACACUGUCCCUGUCCGUCCCCUUUUGUGUGUGCUGGCACCUCAUCUUCCAUAGCCUUUGAGAGCUGGGCACGCAUUUCUUCGCCAACACUCCUCGUCCCCCCCCUUUUUGUUGUGAAACACUUUAUUUUUUCAUUUUUGGCAGGAUUAGAAUUUUAAAGAUAUUUUACUGACUCCUGGUUUCUAACAAGAAAUCGGCCAUUCCUAUUUGUAUUUUCCAGAGUGUAACCCAUCUCUGUGUUUACUGAUUUCCUGUUGUCGGGAGGCCAGCCUUUGAGUGUGAUGUGCCACUGGCCGUCCGCACCGGGGGUUCUUGGGCCCGAGGCUGGUGCCUUGCACUGAGCUGGGCCAUCUUGACCAUGACUUCUCGCUCUUCUGGGUCUCUAGUGACACAGGGGAGCAUGGGUAUUGUCCCACAGAUUUCUGUGCUUUCAGAUGGUUCCUUUUGACCUGUUCUUGAGGUCACUGGUCCUCUGUCCCACAUCACAGAUGCCAUGUGGGCUGUCCUGAGGUGUUCCACUGUCCCUCUUCUGCUCCCGUGCCCUCCCUUCCUCUGCAUUCCCCCACAGCCCUUACCACACCCUGUGCUGAUGCCAUUCCCAGGCUGCUGUAAGGACCCACGGAGGUGGUGGGUGCCCAUGUGUCCCAUGGGUGUCCGCAGGUCGCUGCUGGGCUGUGGCUUUGCCUUGCUGUCCAGCAGAGGCCACUUCUGCCCCACUGCCCAGCCGUUUCUCCUGAUCUUAGCCAAGCCGCCUCUGGAGUGAAGUACCCCGAAAUGCCACCCCCGCCGGCAGUGGUCAGGGAAGGUGGGGGGAUGGGGCCGCACUCUCCAUGAAGCCAGCGCCUGUAGGAGUAACAGCUGCUGUCCCGGUGACCUCAGGCUGCGGGACUGUCAGUCAUUAUUCACUAGGUCACUUUUCAUGCAGUGAGCACUGAUUGGGUGGGUGCCUACUGUGUGUGGUCCCUGUCCUCCUGGGGACGACAUAGGAUAAGCUGAUGAGCAGACACAAACUGAGAUGCUGCCAGAGCUUAGAGCUGGCAGGUUCGGGGUAAGGCAGGGGACGGCACUGCAACAGGGGUCGUCUGCGUGAGGUGGAGGGUUCCCAGGACGCCGACUGGGCAGGUUGUCCUGUCCCUGGCUUGGGUCGUGGGGCACUUGGGGACUGUGAGGUCCUAGUGCUGUGUGCAGGCCUGAGUUGACUGAUGCUGGCUUCUGCCUGGUGGCGAGCCCAGGGACCGGCCCCGCUGGGUUCCAUUCAGCCCUCCUCUGUGCUUCCUAACAAGACAGGGCCACCCCCAGUGUGGCCUCAGCCAAAAGCCAAUAGGAAGGUGUGAGUGGUGGCCACUCAGGUGGCACUUGUUUGCCACCUCCCAGGCUUCUUCAUCUUCACAGCACUCCUUUUGGAAAAAACCUGGAGUCCAUCAGGUUUAGCUGAGAAAACAAGGUGAUGAGAACUGACACCCUUAUGGGCUGAGCGUCACUGUUUGGGGGUGACCACCAGGCACGAAGGAGCUGGGCAGGUCUCUAGGGCACAUGGGUGAGACCCCGGUACCCUCAGUCCCCUUCCAGCCUUGUCAUCUGCAGGUGAAGGAGAAGCCAUCCUGGCCUGACUCCCAGCCCAGACUCUGUCCCCCUAGGCAGGCCUUCCUGGCCUCAGAUUCUCCCAGUAAAGGGCCAGGUGUGGAAGCUUCUCUGGGAGACCCCAGCUGGCAGGUGUAGAAGCCCUGACCCCAAUCCUAGCCCUAAUCCUUGCUGCCCUGCUAGGUUUUAAUCCUGACCCUGCCCGAGUCUUUUAAGCACAGGGUGAGGUCAGUGGGACAGGCUGAAGCCAUACCAGCUCCAGCCCCGUGCCCUCCUUCCAGGCAGUCUUCCUGCUCCUCAGGGAACAGGCCAGGCUCCUUCCCACCCACAGUCUCUGCCUGCAGGAGCCUGGGCCCGCCGUUCUGGGUCUCCAGGGCAGCUUCCAUCCAGGCUGCCCGCACCACCACGUGCCCUUUUGGCAGGUGCCUCAGAGCUGCCAACAAGCCCCUCACAAAGUAGGUGCUCAGUAAAGAACCUCACAUUGCCUUUACACCAAUACAAUGUUGCACCUUCUCCACCGGAACUGAAAGUGUCACUAGGCUGUCAGGACAGUACCUAGAUUGGCAGUCACUCGAUUGCAGCGAGGUUAAAGUGAAAAAAAUGCAGUACUGAUAAUGACGCCAGCUAACAUUUAACAUUUUUGCCAGGCUCUUCCUGUAUGUUGUCAGAUAAUUCUCAAACAACCCUGAUUCGGUACGUGUUGCAUGCAUGCAUGAACCACGGCAGCUGGAGUCUGAAACCUGCCUUUCCCCGGGGCUCGCCUAGCCCGGUGAGUGGCAGCAAGAGAAGCCAAUGAACAGAGCCCGAGCCCGCCCGGGGCGGGGUCGCGCUGGGUGGAGCGGAGGACGCGCUGGCCCUAGCGAAAGCACCCCUGCCCAGACACUAGAAAUCCCUCCGGUCAAAUAAACGGAUCCUCCGGACGCCUACGAGGAAGUCUGGGGGCGAGGGAGGAAGCUGCAAGUUUUAGGUUGUGCCGCGUCCAGCUCCUCGGGGCGUGCGUUUGGAAGGGGGCGGCGGUGAUGUGCCUCCCACGCAGCAGACGGAAAAUCCAGGUCCAUAAGUUUCCAAGCCUGGUGCUGUCUUGGGGACAGGACCUGAUUUAUUUUUAGUGUGUGGGAGAGCCGGAGGUGUCAGCCAGCCUGCUUGAAGAAAGUUGAUCUGGGGCGCAGGGGACUUGACCCAGAGACACUCGUCCCUGGACCCCGCCUUGUAGACGAUGGCGGUAUAAUAGCAGAGGUCUUUUCAUCCUCCAAGGAGGCAGGGUUGAGGGGGCUCUGAAUUCAAGUCCCAGCCGCUUGACUUUGGGCCAGGGGCCGCCCCUCUUUGGACCUGGCUCCCUUCAUCUCUAAGGAGGGCCGAAAUCCUCCUCUACAGGACCUCUGGAGCUGGUGGGGUGGUGAAUGUGGUUUAGAGGUCAAGGGCAUUGGACCUUAGGGCCAGGCUGCCUGGGUUCCAAUCCCAGCCUUCUUCCCACGGUGAUAUUGAGACCCUGCCUGUGUAUCCUGUGUCCUAUCAGAUGAAGGUAGGGCUCUCCUGGACAUGGUCACACACAAAUCCUCUCAGGUGGUUCCAGCCAAAAGGAUCCAGUGUGGCUGUGUGGACGCAGAGUGGAUGCGAUGGCCCCCUCGGGCCUGUUUCCCUGGCGUGGGUGCUCUUGAUCCCCAGGUGCUUCUCAGCUCAGGGCUUCCUGGGACCUGGUGGGGUGCAGGGCACAGGAAGGAUGUGAGCGAGUUCCUACCUCCUGGCACCUCUGCUCUUCUGUCAAAUGGGGGCGGGGCAGUGCCUGGCACAAACGGCCUCUAGGAUCCAGUGGGUGGGUGUUGAACCGAUCUUCUGAACCGCUAGGAUUUUAAGCAUCAGGAGAAAAGAAAAACCUCUGCAAUUAAGCCACGUCCCCCCAUCAAUUUUCAGGCGUUUCCUGAUUCAGGGUAUGACGUGCCCCGCAUCAGUGCCACUCCCCAGUGAAGAGACCGAGGCGCAGAGAGGGGCCGGAGCUCCAGCCGCCUCCACCCGUGCUGCCGGAUCUGCCUACUCACCACUCUCUCUCUCUCCCUCCCUCCCUCCUUCCUUCCUUCUCACCCCCGCCCUGCCCCCGCCCCCAGACCCAACUGGCCCAGUUCGUGAGUGACCCGAGCGUCCGCCGGGACCCGGACACUGGGUGACCCUGGACUCGCUGUCUCUGAGCCUUAGCCUCCCCGCCUGGUGGGGGUGCCUUUUAUGUCCCUCGAUGUCGGGAAGGACUUCUGGGUGUCAUCUCUCACAUCAGAAGGAAAGUGCGUGGAUGGGGAACAGCUCAUGUCCAGGGUUAACAGACAACAGAAGCUGGUUGUUGGGCUUCUCUGGCCAGUUUUUCUAAGUUACCAACUCGAGAAGCUUCUCUUUGGACUAUGACAGAGAUGUGACAGCGGCUGAUGCCUUAAAGGGCAGCCUU